AUGGCAUGGCUUGUGGUUGCUCUCUCGCUGAUUGUUAUCUGGAUCGCUUCUAUUUUCAAAGUUUUCUUUGGAGCAACCUCUAGUUCCAACGCUGCGGUUCUUGAUAAUGGUAACAAGAAGAAUGUUCUGUUCGUCAUUGCACAUCCUGAUGAUGAGUCAAUGUUCUUUUCUCCAACAAUAAACUACUUAGCUUCCAAUGCCUACAACCUCCACAUGUUAUGCUUCUCCACUGGUAACGCCGAUGGUAUGGGAAGCAUUAGGAAAGAUGAGUUGCAUCGGGCUUGUGCAGUGCUCAGGGAUGGUUUUGGGCAAGUGUGGAGCCAUGAUUUGUUAGCAAAGAUCAUCGAUGAAGAAGUCAGUAAUCACGAUAUUCACACGAUCAUAACAUUCGAUAACUAUGGUGUUUCGGGUCAUUGCAACCACCGUGAUGUGCACCAUGCAGUAUUAAAGUUCUUGCAGACUAAUUCAGAAAGAAAUAUCAAAGCUUGGGAACUGGCAAGUCUUAAUAUCUUUCGCAAGUACAGUGGACCUAUCGACAUUUGGCUGUCACUUUUAUCCUCCAAAAGUCAUCCGAGCAAGGCAAUCAUCCUAAACGAGCAGCCUUGGAAAAGUUAUGAAGCAAUGGCACAACAUUUAAGCCAAUGGGUUUGGUUCCGGAAGCUUUUUGUUUCCUUUUCAAGCUAUACAUACGCGAAUACACUUGAUAGGAUCAACCCUUAA